GAUUUGCGGGAGAUGAUGCCCCGAGAGCUGUGUUUCCAAGUAUCGUUGGUCGUCCACGUCAUACUGGUGUGAUGGUAGGUAUGGGACAAAAAGAUGCUUAUGUUGGUGAUGAAGCGCAAUCGAAAAGAGGUAUCUUAACAUUAAAGUAUCCCAUCGAGCAUGGAAUUGUUAAUAAUUGGGAUGAUAUGGAGAAGAUUUGGCAUCAUACAUUCUACAACGAGCUUCGUGUAGCCCCGGAAGAGCAUCCUAUUUUACUCACUGAAGCGCCUCUCAACCCGAAAGCUAAUAGAGAAAAGAUGACACAAAUCAUGUUCGAGACUUUCAAUGCUCCGGCCAUGUAUGUUGCCAUCCAGGCCGUGUUGUCCCUUUAUGCCAGUGGUCGCACAACGGGUAUUGUGUUGGACUCGGGAGAUGGUGUUAGUCACACAGUUCCGAUCUACGAAGGAUACGCGCUCCCUCACGCCAUCCUGCGUCUCGACUUAGCUGGUCGAGACCUCACCGAUGCCCUCAUGAAGAUUCUGACAGAACGUGGUUACUCAUUCACCACUUCGGCAGAACGCGAAAUCGUGAGGGACAUGAAGGAGAAGUUGUCUUACAUUGCUUUAGACUAUGAGCAAGAGUUGGAAACUUCCAAGACGAGCUCUUCUGUCGAGAAGAGCUACGAGUUGCCCGAUGGACAGGUUAUCACCAUUGGGGCAGAGCGUUUCCGAUGCCCUGAAGUCCUUUUCCAACCAUCCAUGAUAGGAAUGGAGGCGGCGGGCAUACAUGAAACGACGUAUAACUCGAUCAUGAAAUGUGACGUGGAUAUUAGGAAGGAUCUUUACGGGAACAUCGUUCUUAGUGGAGGAACGACAAUGUUCCCGGGCAUUGCUGACCGAAUGAGCAAGGAAAUAACUGCCUUAGCUCCGAGUAGCAUGAAGAUUAAAGUCGUGGCUCCUCCCGAAAGAAAGUAUAGUGUUUGGAUUGGUGGUUCUAUCUUGGCAUCCUUAAGCACAUUUCAACAGAUGUGGAUUGCCAAAGCAGAAUAUGAUGAAUCUGGACCGUCGAUCGUGCAUAGAAAAUGUUUCUAAUUCAUCGGAUACCAGCUUAAAUAUUAUGCUUUUCGAAC